GCCCCUCCCCGCCGCCCCGCCGCCCCGUCGCCGCCGGCGCCGAGCUGACCUCCGGGCCCGGCGACCAUGCCCCGCCUCCCGCGGGCCGCGCUGCUGCCGCUGCAGCUCGCCCUGCUCGUGGGCGCCGGGGCCCCCGAGGCGUCGGUGAGCGCGCCGCGGAGCCUGGUGUGGGGGCCCGGGCUGCGGCCCGGCGUCGUCCUGCCCGUGCGCUAUUUCUACCUGCAGGCCGUGGACUCGGAGGGCCUGAACCUCACUCGCUCGCCCCCAGGUCAAACACUAUUCAAGGUAGUAAUCAAAUCUCUUUCACCUAAAGAGUUAGUCCGGAUUCACGUCCCCAAACCUUUGGACAGGAAUGAUGGGACAUUUUUGGUGCGAUAUAGGAUGUAUGAAACUGUCAGUGAAGGGCUGAAGAUAGAGGUCCUUUAUGGUGAUGAACAUGUGGCUCAGUCUCCCUAUAUUUUGAAAGGACCAGUGUACCAUGAGUACUGUGAGUGUCCAGAAGAGGAUCCUCAGGCCUGGCAAAAAACUCUGUCUUGUCCAACCAAGGAACCACAGAUUGCAAAAGAUUUCGCUUCUUUCCCCAGCAUCAAUCUCCAGCAGAUGUUAAAUGAAGUUCCGAAAAGGUUUGGGGAUGAGAGGGGUGCCGUUGUCCAUUACACGAUUCUCAACAACCACAUCUACCGGAGAUCUUUAGGGAAAUACACAGACUUCAAAAUGUUCUCAGAUGAGAUUUUACUGUCACUGGCAAGAAAGGUCCUUCUCCCCGAUAUAGAAUUUUAUAUUAAUCUUGGAGAUUGGCCUCUGGAGCAUCGAAAAGUCAAUGAAACCCCUGGCCCUUUACCUAUCGUUUCGUGGUGCGGCUCCCUGGAUUCACGAGACAUUAUCCUUCCAACAUAUGACAUCUCCCACUCGACACUGGAAGCAAUGAGGGGUGUCACAAAUGAUCUCCUCUCUAUUCAGGGAAAUACAGGGCCUUCCUGGAUCAAUAAAACAGAAAAAGCUUUCUUCAGAGGUAGAGAUAGCCGAGAAGAGAGACUCCAGUUGGUACAGAUGUCCAAGGAAAACCCAGAGCUCCUAGAUGCAGGAAUUACAGGAUAUUUCUUUUUCCAAGAGAAAGAAAAGGAGCUUGGAAAAGCUAAAUUGAUAGGUUUCUUUGAUUUCUUUAAGUACAAGUAUCAAGUGAAUGUGGAUGGGACUGUGGCUGCGUAUAGAUACCCGUACCUCAUGCUGGGUGACAGUCUGGUUCUGAAGCAGGACUCAACAUACUAUGAACAUUUCUAUAUGGCACUAAAGCCUUGGAAACAUUAUGUCCCAAUUAAAAGAAAUCUUAGCGAUUUACUAGAGAAAAUUAAGUGGGCCAAGGAAAAUGAUGAAGAAGCCAAGAAGAUUGCAAAAGAAGGGCAGCUGAGGGCCAGGGACCUGCUGCAGCCACACCGGCUUUACUGUUACUAUUACAGAGUAUUCCGGGAAUAUGCCGAGCGCCAGUCCAGCAAACCGGAAAUACGUGACGGAAUGGAACUUGUUGCUCAGCCUGAUGAUGACACGUCCGUGUGCCAGUGCCACCGGGAAAGACCUUCCAGAGAAGAGCUGAUACUUGAAAACAUCUGCCAGAAGCAACAGUAAUAAGCCUGGUAUUUUGGGAAUUCACUAAUAUGCUGACAAGAAAGGCAAACAUCCUGAAUGCAUCCUUGCUGUUGCAGUGGUUUUGCACUGCCAAGAGAAAAACUUUGAAAUUUCCUUCGCCUUUUUUGGACGGGGUCAAGACUUAAGACUUAACGCCCAGAAUUUGUUACACACUCCUUGUAAAACCACCCAUCCAAGAGUCGUUGGUCAUGUCACUAAUGAGCACUUCCCCAAAGCAAGAGCUAUCUACCCUCCCAAUCUAAAAAUAUUGACUCCUCUCAUUGAAAUAUUUACUUAAUCUGGAAAGCACUGUAAUGUAACCACUUUAAAGUAGUCAUAUCUUUUUCUGAAGGUCAAUAAGAACACAGAAUUGUGUAACUAGACAAAAGCAAAACCAUAUUUAAGAGCAGUGUAACCAAAGCCAAGUAUCCAAGGAAAACCAAUACCCACCAGUUGUUCCCAAGUACACGGUCACAGGGCAAGCUGUACUGGGACCAUAACCUAAUGAAUCCAUGUCCUGUAUAUAUUGUACCCGGAGUUUGGGGUUUGUCAAGGCCGAGAUUAUGGAAAGAAAAUUUGCCCUCCCUCAUACCUCCCUGCCCACCAACCCCUGCUCCUUCCUUGUGGCUGAUGGCAUCUUGUUCAAAACAUCUUAAAUUUUUUAAAUAUCUAUCACCAGCUGCCAAACAAGACUGAGAGUGAAAAGUGAACUGAGAUACAUCAGGCAGCCUCUGAGCAUGGAACAGAGAGGAUGUACUUAAGAAAUUAAGUGGAGCCCUCAAAGUUAGCUUAAAUGGUUUUCUGGUUUGUUGACAUGAAUAUAACCUAAUAAAGUAGUUUUACUAAAACCAUGAUUUUUCCCUUCAAAUUCACACAUUACCCACAUAAUCCAUUAGUCAUUUUUAAUACUUCAACUGUCAUUUAAAAAAUCUGAUAUUUCAAAGAAGAGGAUUGUAAGGAUGUGCAAGUAAAUAUAGUAAGUGCAUUUGUCUAAAUAAGCUGCCAGGGUAUUUGUUGCAGCACCGUUUUUAUUAGUAAAAUGUCGGAAACACCUUGAAUAGCCUUCAUGAAGGAACUGGCCAAGUAGAUAAUGAUAUAUAAAGGAAUAUAAUACAACCAUUAAAAAGAAUGAAGUAUCUCCAAACAUACUAUCAUGAAAGAUUUCCAUUACAGUAUUCAGUGGAAAAAGUAAGUUACAGAACAGCAUGUAUAAUGUGAAACCAUGAAUAUAAAAAACAAAAAUAUGUUUGUAUGGUUGAAAGUUUGGAAAGAUUUUAUUUACCAAUAUCUGAAGGGACGGAGAGAAGGGAAUUUUUACUUUUUGCUAUAUACCUGUCUAUGAUAUUUGUUUUUACUGCAAGUAUGAAUUAGACUAUAAAAUAAAGAAAAAUGUAAACCUAGGAAAAGACUGUAAGUGCACAAAAGAUAUAUAUAAGAAAAUGGAUAUUUAUAUUUUCCAUUAUGCUGUUUUUAAGUCUACUAUGUCUAGAAUUUUGUAUCAUGGGACAUAUUUUAUACACUUUUAAAUAAAGUAAAUUUUCUAAAUAA